AUGCCCGGCGUCGCGCAGAAGAGCGCGCCUUUCAAAUUACAUUUACCUGCAAGCCAUGCGGUCACCGCUCAUCACAUCGAAUCUCGCAACAUGGCUACUAUAAAGGAACCGCACGUAAUCAGCGACCAUCUUAACAUCUUCAUGGAUAAAAAGUCUACGCUGGAAGAUAUAUUGUCGGAACAUGGCCAGACUCUGUUGAAAGGGAAGUUGGACGGUGAUGUGGAGUGGUGGGAAGAUGGCACAGUGAGGGCUGUUGCAGGAGCCUCUGAGCGUGAGGUGCAAGGGCAGAUGGGCCAGACGGCUCAGCAACAACAAAAUGCUGGUAUUCCACGGGAACAGGAACAGACCAAGGAGCAGGCGGAUGAGAUCAAGCAACCUGGACAUAGUGGGCAACCUUGA